CAACGUCUGUCCCGCGAACACGCUGCAGUAACAACCCGCCGCUGCCGCCACCGCUCUACGCCCUGCACACUGCCGACUGCGUCCUCGCGAUCCCCCGCACUUUCUCCGACUGCCCUCCCCAUCUCAUGGGCGCUGCGCCACACGUCACCGAUGCCACGCCCACCUACGUCGUCACCUCCACCGGCCGGCUUCUCCUUUGCGGCCGGCAGCUUCGACUACCCGCACGCCUCGGCGUCUCCUCUGCGCGCAGACCGCCCUAAUCCAGGCAAUGUCCUGCGUCUCGCCGACGAACCUCCCGAGCGCUCGUCAGCCCAGCUGGACCGCGUGCAUGAAGCCAGGCGUCGUGCCACCCGGCGACGUCUCCAGCGCCUGCAAGGUGUACCACGGGGCAGCGACGACGGUACAUACGAAUCUCUCAACAGACCACCCACGGCGUACUCAAACCGUCCGCGAGCCACGCCCAGCGAGCGCUACCUCCAGCGCGCCCAGGCACGAAUCGAUGAGGAGCGCGAGGCCCUCCUGAACUCCACCUUCGAGCCGUUCGACUCGCUCAGCGAGCGGCCUCAUUUUGUAGCCGACUUCGAGCAGUGGAUCAACAUGACCAACCGCCAGCCGAGCCCUGGUGUCCCGGACAUGGCUCACAGACGCUCCAAGCGGAGAAAGCUGGAUCACGAGUCCAGCAGGACCCCCGAAUAUCAGAACUACAAAUACGGCUACAAAGGCCAGGUCGUCUCUGGUCGCUUGCGCAUGGAAGUCGUCAGCUGUGAUGGCGGUCAGAUCAAACGAGACAAUCCCAUGAAAAUGUAUCACGUGGAUAAUGUUCUCAAGAACGACAAAAGCGUAUAUUGUAGCGAGAGCUCCAAAUGUAAUCUCCUACUAAGGCAUAUGGAGGACGCCCCUUUUGCUCUAGACAAGCUUGUCAUUCGAGCCCCGGAUCGUGGAUUCACGUCUCCCGUCCAAGAGGGACUCGUGUUUGUUGCCAUGUCUGCUGAUGAGCUCUUGUCUGGCACCUCUACAUACCGAUUACAGCACCGCACUCAUUCGCCGUCAGCUUCACCCUCUCCUGAACGUCGUAGAUAUGUUCGCAACGCUGAGCGAAUCUCGCUCCGCGAGGGAUUCAACAAUUCAGAUAUCGGACAAUAUUCCCAUCGACGUUUACAGGAUGAUGUUGAAGCAAGGAUAGAACGCCUUCGAUUACGCACUCAACGCUUGAACCAAGAAUCCCAUGCACGAGCGUAUCCAGCCAACCAGCGAAGUUCGGAACCACCAGGUAGUGACGAGGAAGUAGACUUUGACUGUGACUAUACAACCUCGGCUGGCGUAUCAGCUCCCACCCCGCCACCUUUCAACGUCACCACGACCAGCGAGGAAGAGGAGUCCUCAAAUGACGACUAUCCCAACGUCGAGACCAUGGCCGACCGCAUUCAGCGAGAGGGCCGCUGGAGGCCCGGUAGUGAGGAAGAUGAUGAAGAUGUGGCGCCCCGUCGAGGUACAGGUGCCCACUUCCGCCAACUGUUAGAAACUGCGCAGUUUACCGAUGACUAUGAGAUGCGAGCACGUCGAAUCUCACUGGGCCCUCGAUAUCGAAAUAUUCUCGAUAAUACAGAACCCAUCCGUGCGAGUCGACUUUCUAGACCAAGUUUGAUUGACGCUGGUGUGGAGGACGUGGAGAAAGGAAGUGUGCUUGCACCCCACGCAAGAUUCUUCAUAAAAAAGAACAGGUCCAAGAUUACGAUCAAGUUUGAGCCUGCGAUUUCCGGUAGAAAUGUGUUACUCAAGCUGUGGAGCCCAAAAGACUCAGAAGAUGGCAACAUCGACAUUGAAAGUGUACAGUUUUAUGGGUACUCGGGCCCUCGCUUCUUUCAGGCAACGGAAGCAUGUUGAUUUUUUACGUGCUUUCUUAGACGAUGCCACUAUGUCUCACACUUAGGCUAUGGCACUAAAUUAACGACUUCACGAAUGUAUGGGUCAUGAUAUCGAUUCAUGGUUUGUACGUUGAUGACCAAGACUGAUGCUCCGGAGACACGUCCGACCAGAAGGUCAAGCCAGGACUAAAGCUCAGCUCACACAACGCAAGUCCAAUUCUUGAACGGCUCGCAGGUGUUCCUCUUCUUGCACAUACCCCGAUACCCCCGAUAACCUUGCUGGUGCAGUGUCGGCCCUCGAUAUAUUACACCGGCGUGGAGCACGUCGGUAGCUACAAAUUUACUAGGCAAAGCGGGGUCACUGUAGGGCCAGGAGAUCGAAUCACGACAUGACGAAGGAAGUAUUGCACCUGUGUCUGCUUGUGGCGUGGCGUCACGGUGUGGUCGAUUGACAAUGUCGGUCCGCAGGAUGCGUGUAUACUCUAAGCG